CUUAUCAGAUCUGUGAAAUGUAAACACAAAAAAAAUGAGGGAAAAACACGAAAAUUUUUUUAAAAAUUUUCAAGUUAGCGAAGCGAUAAAUUUGAAGAAAAGUUUAAGUGUGGUAGUAUCAGUUACAUUCUGCUUCAACUGCUAAGAUGCCAAUCGUAGUAAGUAAUUUGGAGCAAGUUAAUUCCGAUCAUAUUCCGGCUGAUUGCAUGCAUUUUCAAAGCUCAAAUUCUUCUUUUGAAAUAACAGAAUUACCUAUACUUACAUACAUACGUAUUACGUAUUUCAUAAAAUCUCAUAUAGAGUUAUUUUUUCAGUGAUUGCUGCCAUAUAUAAAUUCGGUUUCAUUAUUCACAAUCACAAUUUGGAAGAAUGACUACUCCGUUCGAAGAAAUAAUACUGGAUACCCCUCCGAGUAGUGUUUUCGACACCAUGAACGAAUACAGAAAAAAGAAUCUCUUUUGCGACGUGACUCUCGAUAUCGGCGGUACUUUGUUUCCUUGUCAUCGUAUCAUUUUGACAGCCUCGUCUACUUAUUUUCAAGUCAUGUUCGGUGGAAAUUUCAAAGAAAGCAGCUUGAAAACCAUUCCCAUUCAGGACAUCGAUGCCGAAGUAAUGGAAAUUUUGCUGUCAGCUAUUUAUUCCACGCGAAUUCGUUUGCUUCCAAGAAAUGCGUAUUUCGUAUUAAAAGCGAGCCAUUUGCUCCAAUGUGAUAGGAUCUUCAACGCAUGUGUGGACUGUAUCAUCAAGAAUGUAUUUUAUAUGCGUUACUUACCUGAAACAUGCGCAUUUGCGAAAACCAUCGGAGCUGAAAAAUUAUAUGACGAGUGUGUAGGGGCGUUAGCUGUGGCCCUGGAGCUUUGGGGAAAAACUGACGGUUUUUUGGAACUUUCGUGCGAUGUAUUUAAACAUUUACUUUCAGAAGUAACAUCGUCCACUAGCAGGUUCGAUGAUGAAAUUCUCGUAGCAAUUAUCAAGUGGUGUAAAUAUAAUAACAUUAGUGCGAAGGAUAUUAGGAUGCUCUUGCAAAUUCCCGCGUUCAGCAAAAAACCCACAUGGACCUCAGCAGUGGCUGAUCUGAUAGUUGCUGCUACGAGAAGUGAAGAUAGCAGUCAAAGUGUGGAAUAUGGAACUCAAUUCAAUGAUGACGAUGUCGAUUUAAGCUUAAAUCUUUACCUGACUACCGUUGAUGUUAAAAGUGGAGUCACAGGUUGGGGAAAACUGAAGAUAAAUGAGUCAUUUACCAAUUGUACAUUAUCGAACUUUCAAGCCAGCGAUCUAUCUUUCAAGAAAUUUUGCACAAUUGGAACGAAGACUUACUGUUUAGAAUUGAAUUUCUUCACCAAAAAAUUCGUUUUUUCUUGUUUCGAUGAAGAUAAUGAUAGAAUAGAUUUGCAAGUGCCAAUAAAUGGUGUUAAGUGGUGUAAUGAUGCUUACAGGUUGAUCGCAGUUGAGAAAACGAUUUAUUUAUUUCGUGGAUAUUCUGCUACGAACAUUUGGGCUUACCACUGUGAACUAGACACGUGGGAAAACGUUUUUCAUGUACCUUCAUCACCCAAUUUAUCGAAAUCAGUUCUGUAUGAUUAUUCAGGAUGGUCCGAUGUUACGGUUUUAGAUCAUGUUUUGUAUGUUGUAGGAUGUAAAAAUCAUAUCUCCAAGUCUGAUGAUCGAUAUAUUGUGUCAAUCGAUUCUCGUGCUCCCCGGAUUAGUAAUUGUAUCGCAUUCCCAAAUCCGUUUCAACAUUUUUAUGCGGCCGUUUGUGCGUUCGAUGGAAACUUAGCGAUUUCAGGCUCCAGUCAUGAUAGUACUUUGCAUAAUACGUUUAGUAUAUUCGAUGUGACGGCUAAUAAAUGGAAAACCGAUCUGCAGCCUAUGAAUGAAGGCAGAGCGAGCCAUAAACUGAUUCAUCGUGAUGAGUUUAUCUAUGCUGUAGAAAUGAGACCAUUCAUCGAAAAUGAGAAAUAUGAUGUGAAGUCGAAUACAUGGAUUGAGAUUCCAAAGUUGCCGGAACGAGUUCAGUUCGUCAGUGCUGAUGGGGUCAAUAUGAUAAUGGGUUUUUAUGGUGGAGUAAUCUAUGCUGAAUAAACUCCGUUGUAUAGGAUUGGUUGGUAUUCUAGACUGAAAAAAUGUAUAUCAAGUAUAAAGUUACGAUUGUUUUUCAACUUUUCCUACGUGUUUGCAUGUUUUUUUUUUAUUAUUAGAUAGGUAGGUAGCUAGGUACAUUGAUACUUUCGAUUUAUUUUGCCAUUUCUGUUUUGUUUUAGACUUAGUUUUGUCGUUUUGUUCUACGUACCUAUUUUGAAUAAAAUUGUUGUGAGAUUUGCGUAUUACGCUAUCUCUUGGGCAAUUUUCAAACUCUGUUUUUACUUUUUAUCAUGGUUUUAUCAUUCUCCAGUAUUUUCUUAUUUCUUCUAGAUUUCUUCUAGAUUUAUUCUU